UCAAGCAUCACCUGUCCUUCUCUUUGCAUUUCAUUUUUUCUGCCUAAGUGAUGGGUGAGUCAGCUGACUAGUAGCUGAGCAGGAAUCCUGGCUGUUUCUCAUCCUCGAUGCAUGAGAUGUCAUGGAGGUAUUCCAAAAUUGUGUUUCCCGUGGUGCUGGAGAUUGCCAUUAUGUAAACGCAAGCAAGGCAUCACAGCAGACACCUGUAAUCUAACUAGGAUUGGUAACGUGGGGUAACAGCACUGCGGGGAGUUCCAUCUGUGCAGCUGGAGAAUGGCAGAGUGAAAGAGUUGGGCAAGUUCAGCCUGGGAAAGGAGGAGAAGACGGCAGGAGGAUAGGAUGUCCUCCUUUGCUCUCGUGAAAGGCAAAGAGCAAGAGAAAGCAAUAGAAGCCAAGGCUAUUAAAGCUGCAGCAGCAGUACAUUCCCCGCAGAGAAGCACCCGGAAGCAUGCCUUGCUGGAGGCGGCCGGACCAAGCCAUGUGGCCAUCAAUGCCAUCUCGGCCAACAUGGAGUCUUCCAGCAGCCGCACGGCCGCGCUUAAGAAGCAGCCCAGCCACAUGGAAGCUGCUCAUUUUGGAGACCUGGGCCGCUCCUGCCUGGACUACCAGACCCAGGAGGCCACAUCCAGCCUCUCCAAGACCCUCGAGCAAGUCCUCCGGGACCCGGUGGCACUGCCCUACUUUAUCCAGUUCAUGGAGCUGCGGCGCAUGGAGCACCUAGUGCGCUUCUGGCUGGAGGCCGAGAGCUUCCACUCCACCGCCUGGGCCCGCAUCCGGGCGCACAGCCUGAACACCGUCAAGCACAGCUCCUUGGCAGAGCCGCUCUCUCCUUGCCUCGCGGACGACGAGAAGGCCUCGGCCGGCCCCUCGGCCUCCUCCUCCGAGUCGCUCUCCCGACGGCCCUCGCCCAUCACAUUGCCGGCUGCGGAGCUGAACGGCCGAACUUUGAACCUCCAGAAGCACUUGCUGCUUUGCCAGGGCGGUGCCGGCCGAGCCCCCCGCCUCGGGUUUGGGACGCCCGAAGCAGAGGACUGCCCUGCUCCGGACCAACCCGGAGAUGCUUCCAAAGCCUCUGCAUCCAACCGAAGCAGUCCUUCUUUUGCACUAAAGGACCUGUCAGGAAAACUCAUGAAAAGUAUAGAGCAGGAUGCAGUGAUCAUUUUUACCAAAUAUAUUUCCCCCGAUGCUGCUAAACCGAUCCCGGUGACAGAGUCGAUGAGAAACGACAUCGUAGCCAAGAUUUGCGGGGAGGAUGGACAGGUGGACCCAAACUGCUUCGUCAUGGCCCAGUCGGUGGUGUUUAAUGCCAUGGAACAAGAGCACUUUAGUGAAUUCCUCCGGAGUCACCACUUCUGCAAAUACCAGAUCGAGGUGCUUACCAGUGGGACCGUCUACCUGGCGGACAUCCUCUUCUGCGAAUCUGCCCUCUUCUACUUCUCCGAGUUCAUGGAGAAAGAAGACGCCGUGAACAUCUUGCAGUUCUGGCUGGCGGCGGACAACUUCCAGUCCCAGCUGGCAGCCAAAGAAGGCCAGUACGAUGGGCAGGAGGCGCAGAACGAUGCCAUGAUAUUAUAUGAUAAGUAUUUCUCCCUCCAAGCCACCCAUCCCCUCGGCUUUGACGACGCUGUGCGGCUCGAAAUCGAAUCCAACAUCUGCAGGGAAGGUGGGCCGCUCCCCAACUGUUUCACCACUCCAUUGCGCCAAGCCUGGACCACCAUGGAGAAGGUUUUCCUUCCUGGCUUCCUGUCCAGCAACCUUUAUUACAAAUACUUGAAUGACCUCAUCCACUCGGUCCGGGGGGACGAGUUUGCUGGCGGAAGCAUUGCACUGACUGUUCACGGCUUCGGCGGCACUCCAAACCACGAGUCCCACACGGGGACGUCCGACAGCGCGGCUCCUCCUUCCCAGUCUAGCCUCAAAAGGGCCAAUGUCAAAAUCCUGAAAAACUUUGACGAAGCAAUAAUUGUCGACGCGGCCAGCCUGGAUCCGGAGUCUCUGUAUCAGCGAACAUAUGCCGGGAAGAUGUCGUUUGGCCGCGUCAGCGACCUGGGCCAGUUCAUCCGCGAGUCGGAGCCAGAGCCGGACGUGAAGAAAUCGAAAGGGUCCAUGUUUUCACAAGCGAUGAAGAAAUGGGUGCAAGGAAACACGGAUGAGGCCCAGGAGGAGAUGGCCUGGCGGAUCGCAAAGAUGAUCGUCAACGACGUCAUGCAGCAGGCCCAGCCCCACCCGCCCGCGGAGAAAGUGACCAAGCUAUGAUCUCCGCAUCCCUUUGAGGCCGGCCUCCGAAGAUGUGCUGGCGAAUCCGCUCACCCUCUCCUUCUGACACCCAAUUGAAACCAAGCAGCGUCAACCUCCACCGACAUAUAUCUCUCCCCUCCCAGUGCGUUCCCAGUUGGAAUUGGACUGCGGUUGCAAACCGGAAGCAGCACCUUAACUUCUCAAAGAGGCCCGGGUUGUCGACAUCUCUAUCUAUCUAUCUAUAUAUAAAAGUACUUUUCAUUUUUCUUUACUUGAAACUUUUGUCUCUCGGGGAAGUUACCAGUCCACUCCACUUCACACGAGCCUGUUGCGUUGCUUCUUUUCCUCUCGUGUUUAAUUCCUCCCUUUGGUUGGGUUUGGGCCUUUUUUGCCUCCCCUGAAGCCUUGUCCACAAUAAAACACCACCCUCCUCCGGCUUUUUCUUUUGGGGAAGAGCCUUGGACGGACAAAGACACCGGCGUUUCCCCCUCGUUGCAAUACCUGCUCUCGCGAGAAAAGGCACGGUGAGCCGGUCUGCCAGGAGCAAAACUCUCUCUGUGUUUAGGCUUUUUUGGUACUGUGUACCAACUCCUUACGGUCCGAUGCCCAAGUAUUCAUGUACUGAAACCAUAUUUAAUUGUGUUUUGAUUGAAAUACAGUAUAUAUAUAUAUAUAUAUUAGAAA